AUGGCACCUCACAUAUCUUUCAUAGCCUCUGGUUUAUUAUUAGUUAUCUUUACUAUUGUUGUUCAAUCGGUUCCUAUUGACAAAACUAAAGACAUCGCUCAACCAUCUUCGAUAAAAAAUAAACAGGUUGUCAAUCAUCAUCUUCACAAAUUUAUUCAUGCAGUAGAAACUACAUCAAGCUCGACUGGUACUACAACAAAUCCAACAACUACCGUUUCUCAAAGCUCUUUAUCAACAUCAACAGUAACACCAGAAAUAACUAAUAAAAAAAAGAAACGUUAUAUUGAUGAUGAUGACAAUGAUGCAUUGAGUCAACUUUUAGAUAGUGAAAAUUAUGAAAGUGAUGAAUUAGAUUCUUCUCAAUUACCUUAUUUUAAACAUGAAAAUAUUGAUAAUAACAUUGGUCAUAAAUUGUAUGCUAAAGUAGAAGAAACAGCAGCUACAAUUCAUGACAAUGCAGAUAAACCAGUCGAUACAGAUGAUUCAAAAACCUUUUCUGAUAUUAUGAUGACUCCAAGUGAAUUAACAGAUAUUGUACGUCGACGUCGUGAUGUUAAAUUGAAUGAUGAAUUAAAUACAAGACGUAAACGAGCUAUAUCACCAUAUAGUUUUUAUGAUACUGAUUCGUUGUAUGAUCCAUAUGUUGAUAUGAUCGAUGGAUAUCCAUAUGUUCGUCCGACUCGUUCAUUUGCUCCUCUCUAUUGGUAUCCAAGUGUCUAUCAACGAAAUAUUCGUUCAGCUCUUGCGCCAUCAUUCUAUGAAUCAUCAGAGUAUCCAACAUUAUAUUCAACGACUAUCGAUAAUAAUAAUGAUGAUGAUGAUGACAGCCCAGUUCCAAUAUUUAAUAAUGAUAUUGAAGAUAACAAUGAAUUUGAAACAAAUCGUUAUCCUAUUUUAUUACAAUUAUCUAAUAAUCCAUUAGAUGAUAUAGAAUUACCAGAACAAUACAAUGAAGAUGUUUUACCGAUUGAUGAAGAUAUUGAAGAAAUUUUUAAUGAAAGUGACAUGGAUGAUAGCAAUGAUGAUGAUAAUAAUGAUGACGAUGAUGAUGAUGAUGAUGAUGAUGAAAAUGAUAAUGAAGCACAAUAUCGUUUAAUUUUUCAAAGAAAACGCCCAUAUUAUGUAAUGUUUAAUGAGUUAAAUUUUUAA